UUCUGAUGAAAAAGGGGCUUUUGGAGCUCUCUCCUCAAACUCCGGGGAGUGCUCCAAAAGCGCGACCUUGAUCGAUCGAGAGCAGCUGAAUGGCCGUUUUCCGCUCUUGUUCAAUCAAUUUUCAAACUGCUAAAUCGAUCUGUCAUCGUUCGUCCUUUCCUGCACCGGCAACAAUGCAAUCGGUAGGGAAAUUGUCUCUCUGCUUCUCUUCGAGUUUCUCCGGCGAACAAGUCUAUUUCUUAGCCGACCACAAUCAGAGCGAGGAAGAGAUUGAGUGUCGACCUUAAUCUGUUCGUGGAAAUUCAAUAUUUGUCGAUCGUCGAGUGUUCAUAUUCCGUUUCUAAGUUACAAUCAGGACAAAUUUAUAAGGUUUAGUUAUUUCACUUCACUCCAUUUGAGUUUCCUUUUGGAUUGGAAAGUGGUAUGAAUUUUGUGAGUCGCGGCAUACACAUUUAUGCUUUAGGUUGGAGGAUUCUAGUCCAAGAGUUUCCUUUGCUUCUGAACCAGAAAGAAUGGACAAAUCUGGGUUUCACAUUCAGGGGCUUGGUCACCCGUCACGUAUCCCUUCGAAAUCUUUCAGAAAAGGAGUGAUAAGAGGAUCAGAAGGGCUUAUAUCAAUUGGUCGAUCUCUACGUUCUGGUGUUUCCAGAGCAGUCUUCUCCGAAGAUCUCAAGGCAUCUGAGAAGAAAAUAUUUGAUCCCCAGGAUCCAUUUCUUCUCAAAAUGAACGGGCUGCUUGUGGCGUCCUGCAUCUUAUCUGUAGCAGUGGAUGCAUUGUUCUUCUAUCUCCCUGUAGUUGAUGAAGAAUCCAAUUGCCUCGGUAUUGACCGUGAAUUAGCAGCAACAUCAACCACAUUGCGAACCCUUGUCGAUGUAUUCUACCUUGUUCGUAUUGCUCUUCAGUUCCGCACUUCUUACAUUGCUCCAUCAUCCCGGGUUUUCGGUCGGGGUGAGCUUGUGAUUGACCCUGCGCAGAUAGCAAUGCGGUACUUAAGCCGCUACUUCAUCGUUGAUUUUGUUGCGGUGCUACCACUUCCUCAGAUUGUAGUUUGGAGUCACCUUCACGGUUCGAAGAAUUAUGAUGUGUUGGAUACAAAGAAUUCAUUACUUUCCACUGUCAUGUUUCAAUAUAUACCAAGAUUGGUUAGAUCUAUUCCUCUGACAACAGAAUUGGGAAGGAAUGGUGGCAUCUUUGCCGAAACUGCCUGGGCUGGAGCAGUUUAUUACUUGCUUUGGUAUAUGCUUGCUAGUCAUGUAAGUCAUUACUUCUGCUUUUAUGAAAUUCUUCAUACCUUUCUUAGUCUCGAUUCACUAGUCAUUUUUCAGGUAGUUGGUGCAUUCUGGUACUUGUUGGCGGUCAACCGUGAAGAUGACUGCUGGCAGUUAGCUUGCAACAUGACCACAGGGUGUGAAGUCCACUAUUUGUAUUGUGGCAAUGAGAAUCUAGAUGGUUAUAGUAACUGGCAGAACUCCAGCAAAGAUGUCCUCGAGCGGCACUGCUCUGCUUCGGACGACAACACAGAAUUCAACUAUGGAAUUUACACACAAUGCUUAACCUCUGGAGUUGUUUCAUCCGACUACUUUUUCUCCAAGUUUUGCUAUUGCUUGUGGUGGGGCUUGCAAAAUCUUAGUACGCUUGGUCAGGGUCUUGUAACGAGUACUUAUCCUGGGGAGAUCGUGUUCUCUAUCGCGCUUUCAAUAUUUGGGCUCAUUCUAUGUGCACUACUAAUUGGAAACAUGCAGACUUAUCUUCAGUCACUGACGCUGAGGCUUGAGGAGAUGAGAGUGAAAAGGCGCGACUCGGAGCAGUGGAUGCACCAUCGUUUGCUGCCACAGGAACUCCAAGAGCGAGUUCGGCGAUACGAUCAGUACAAAUGGCUAGAAACCAGAGGAGUAGAUGAAGAAUGCUUGGUUCAGAUCCUGCCCAAGGACCUCAGGAGAGACAUCAAGCGUCACCUUUGUUUUGGCUUGGUCAGGAGGGUGCCUCUCUUUGCCAACAUGGAUGAGAGGUUGCUCGAUGCCAUAUGUGAGAGGCUCAAAACAAGCCUAUACACAGAGCACAGUUACAUCAUAAGAGAAGGUGAUCCUGUUGACGAAAUGCUCUUCAUAAUUCGCGGUCGGAUGGAGAGCGUGACCACCGAUGGUGGCCGGAGCGGGUUCUUCAACAGGAGCAUCCUCAAGGAGAGUGACUUCUGCGGUGAAGAGCUCUUAACAUGGGCUCUGGAUCCCAAGUCUGGAGCCAGCCUUCCAUCCUCCACCAGGACUGUCCAGGCCUUGACUGAAGUAGAAGCCUUUGCAUUGAUCGCAGAUGAGUUGAAGUAUGUGGCAAGCCAGUUCAGGAGGCUCCAUAGCAGGCAGGUGCAGCACACAUUUCGGUUCUACUCGCAGCAGUGGAGGACUUGGGCCUCUUGCUUCAUCCAGGUCGCAUGGAGGCGGUACUCGAAGAGGAAGGCAAUGGAGCUCCAACGAAGGGAGGAGCUGAUGGGUCUGGAGGAUGACAUUGCUGCACCUAGUAUUGGUGCAACCAUUUAUGUAUCCCGGUUUGCGAAAAAUGCACUGAAGGGAGUUUAUAGGCAGCGGAGUAAGAGUGUGAGGGAUCUGGUGGUGCUGCCGAAGCCUUCAGAGCCCGAUUUUGGUGCAGAGGAUGGCGAAUGAUUCAUGGCUGGGCAUUGCAUUGGUUUGGAUUGUGAAAUCUAUGAUAUCCAUCUGUGCAUUGAUCGAUAAGCAAAAGAGACGCUUGAAGCAAUGAAUGGGCUACACAAUUCCUUCUGCAACCUUUUGUUUUCCUCUUAGUCAAAUAAGUUGGAUACUGGUGAAGCAAAGCUAGCAUGGAUGCUCUACAUCCUUAUUCGAUAAACAAAUGAUUAGUUCUUUCUUGUA